UCAAAUAUAAGAGUCGUGCUCGUGAAGUCGAGAGAGUGCAGCACGAGAGAAGCGCCUGCUGGAUCAAUCACAUUGAAUUUAAAUACGAGCUUACUUGUAGAUAUCGCACAGUGAGCCGAGAAGCAGGAAAGAGGGCUUGCAGAACCCGGAUCAGCGGUCUCGUAUGUCUAAAUCCCCAGAUGUGUGGUGGUUACAGAGCAAUAUCUGACCGCUGGAUGGCACCACUGACUCAUCAGAAUCAAGUAUUUCACAGACUGGUGUGGAUGCACAACAUGGUGAGUCCAGCAGGAGACUACAGCCUUGGGAAUCAGACAACGAAAGACAACGAAUCCUGGACAUUCACUGACUCAGAGUUUCGUUACACUCUCUUCCCUGCUUUCUAUGGCCUGGUCUUUGUCUUUGGGUUGGCAGCCAACUGCUAUGCGCUUUAUGUACUGCACCAUAUGCGGGAUUCCAAAGCCAUGAAUGAGAUUCGUAUCUACAUGACAAACCUGACGGUUGCAGACCUGCUCUUCGUGUCUGCUCUUCCAUUCUGGAUCGGCUACUAUGCGCAUCGAGGUGACUGGAAGUAUUCUGAUGCCCUCUGCCGUAUCACAGGCUCAUUUUUCUUUAUCAACACAUACUGCUCUAUCUUCUUCCUCACUGUCAUCAGCAUUAACCGUUAUUGGGCUGUUACUAGGCCACUGGUGGCCGCUUCCUCUGACUGCUGGAAACGUGGGGCAAUCGUCUCAACAUUGGUGUGGGUUGUCACUCUUGCAGCAGCAAUUAAAUUCCUCACUGAACCUGGAGUCCAGGAGGACACAGAGAAGAAAAUUUUACGCUGUUUUGAGGGUUAUCACGGACAGAGUUAUGCUACUAAAUAUUCAGUGGCCACAACCCACUUCGUUAUUAUUGGCAUGUUUUUUGUUGUUUUCUCAAUGGUCAUUAUCUGCAACAUCUCGAUCGCGCAAGCUCUUCUGUCCCAACCCAUCAGUCAGCCUCGAGCCAGCACGGGAAAGCGGCCUGGCGGUACCAAGCGCAGAGCCUUGAGGAUGCUGUGUGCUGUUGUGGGAGUGUUUGUGAUCUGUUUCCUGCCCCAUCAUGUGGUGCAGGGUCCCUGGGUACUUUCAGUGCUGGGUAUGAAGGAAUACUGGAGCAAGGAGUCUCACCAACUCCUAAAUGAUGCUCACCAGAUUACCCUGAUGCUUAUGGGCUUCAACUGCAUUCUGGACCCAUUGGUGUAUUGCUUCGCCACCACAAAGUUCCGCAAGUACAUCAAGGAUCACUUUAAAAAUGUCAAGAAUAACAAAAGCUGCUCACGCAAUACAAUAAGCACGGCUAUGUCCCUGAAGAGCAGACAUCAGAGCGAAUUAUGAACAGUGCAGAAGAGCAGAAAGCAUAGGUGAGGAAUAUUUGAAAUCCGCUCCCUUGGUGUUUGAAUAUUUAAUCAAUUCUAAUCUUAUUUAGGAUUUUAGCUGAAUUUGAUUUUACAACUCAAAAUUGUCUCAGUAGAUUCUGUAUGGAUCUUAAUCAAAUUAAUGACUUUUGAAAUUAGAUGGUCAUCUCACAAUUGCUGCCACUAGCAGGCAGAGGUAGGGCAACACCUUCAACCAACAGACCAAUGCAAGCACGAUUAUUUGGCACAUAUAUUAAACAUUUUUAUAUGCUGAAUAAAAUAGUCUAUAGACUGUAGUCAGAGUUAUUGAUAACAGCAUGGAUUUCUUAAAUUUCCACACUUGCACUGAAUAGAGGUGGAAUUGACCCCAGUAUCUAUUUGGGUCAACCAAACCAACUGAACUGUGAUGAGAUAAACAAGCGAAGAGGAUGCUUCUUGUUUAUCUGACAACAGUAAAAUGUGAUGAAAAUAGAAGACAGCUCACAUUUGUUUUCAAAACAGUGCUAAACAAUACAGUUUUCUAUCUCUUGAUACUAAAGAAAGUGUUACCGUCUAUCCUGAUAAAGAGAGUGGGGCAUACCUUGGUUGUGGUGCCCCUGAGGAAGGUCUGGAUUAUUUCUAAUUUAAAGUGCACUUCUUAAAGGGAUGGUUCACGCAAAAAUGAAAAUUCUUGAAGAAAUGAAAUAUAUUCUUUUAAAAAUCUUCUUUUGUGUUCUGCAGAAAAAAGAAAGUCACACACAUCUGGGAUGGCAUGAAUUUUCAUUUUUGGGUGAACCAUCCUUUAAAACAGCUCUGAGGUCUUCAAUAGAUUUGUGUCACAUUUUACUAUAAGAACAAAUAUCUGUUGUACUUCCUUAUUUGUGAAGUAGCUUUGUAAGGAUCUUUACUCUAAAUUUCCUUUUGAAGAUUUUUGAACUUUGUAUUGUCACACAGGAAAUGCUCAUUUUCUUUUGCAAUAAUUUGUCCAAAAAGGGGAACGUGAACCGCACCCAGCUGUGCACGUAGACCCUGGAAGAUUUUAGACAACACAUUUAUUACAAUCAAUAUAAUUUACAGUAUAAUAUAAUGAAAUUAUUGUUUGACAGAAUUUUUGUUUCUCAAUGGAAGUUUAGUGAUUGUCAUUCCAAUUUUGAAAUAUAGGUUUGUUAACUUGUACAAAUUCUACAUCUAAAAAACUGUUGAAAAUAUAAUUUUAUCUGUUGGAGUUUUAUUGUGUUCAGAUGUUAUUUAUUGAACAGAAUGAAAUAUACUCUCUUACCCUUUUAAGGUGAGAUUUAUGUUUUGUAUGUAUGAUUUAACGCUUUGCAAAAUCACUUUCAUGAAAAUAUGUCAAAUAUAUUAUUGUUUUAAAAAUGUGAAUUCUU